GCACUGUCAAAAGCAUCAACUUGCCCUGCAAAGCGACUGAAUAUGUAAUGUAUACGUAUAUAUACACCCACAUAUCAUUAGUUCGCCAAGUAGUAUGCUUGAUACAAAUUUUCACCUUCCUUUUCCCAGAAAGCAAAGAAGCAAAAUUUUGUUGUAGAAACCCAGUGGCUGACUUUUAGCUUCAAUAGCCAUGACUGAGACUGGUCUUGUCUUCCACAAGCUACCCUUUGUUGUUUGCGUGACCCUGAGUUUUUUCGUUGUGUUAUCACGAUCAGCGCCUCAGAGCGCUUUAGUUACCAGCAUUCCUGGCUUUACUGGUGUUUUUCCUUCUAAACAUUAUUCUGGGUAUGUGACGAUUGAUGAAACUCAUGGCAAGAAUCUGUUCUAUUACUUUGUCGUAUCUGAGAGUAAACCAUCAGAGGAUCCGGUGGUCUUGUGGCUUAAUGGCGGACCUGGAUGCUCCAGCUUUGACGGCUUUGUGUACGAGCAUGGGCCUUUCAAUUUUGAAGCAGCAAAGACAGACAAAGGCUUGCCUCAAUUGCAUCUCAAUCAAUACAGCUGGUCCAAGGUUUCCAACAUUAUAUAUUUAGAUUCACCGGCUGGUGUUGGAUUUUCUUAUUCAAAGAAUCAAACUGAUUACAUUACAGGUGACCUGAAGACUGCAUCAGAUACUCACACAUUUCUCCUCAAGUGGUUUCAGCUUUACCCAGAGUUCCUACCAAAUCCUUUUUUUAUCGCUGGAGAGUCUUAUGCUGGAGUUUAUGUGCCAACUCUUGCUGAUGAAGUAAUGAAGGGAAUUGAUGCUGGUACAAAGCCGUUGAUCAAUCUCAAGGGAUAUUUGGUGGGAAAUGGAGUUGCAGAUGAGGUGUUUGAUGGCAAUGCACUUGUCCCAUUUGUACAUGGGAUGGGCCUGAUCUCGGAUGAUUUAUUCGAGGAGGUUAAUAAGGAGUGCAGAGGUAGCUAUUAUAAUUCUCAAGAUGAAAACUGUGAGAGUAUGCUUGAAAAAGUUGAUGAGGUAAUCUAACUGCUUGUUCAUGAUGAUUAUCUAUAUGGGGAUCACGAUAUGUGUGUUCCAUACACGGGGAGUGAAGCAUGGACAAGAUCACUUGGAUAUAGGAUUAUUGAUGAAUGGAGACCAUGGUUUUCAAAUGAUCAAGUUGCAGGGUACACUCAAGGAUAUGAGAACCUUACCUUUUUAACAAUAAAGGGAGCAGGACAUACCGUUCCAGAGUACAAACCACGAGAAGCAUAUGAUUUCUAUAGCCGUUUUCUGGCUGGAAAACGAAUUUGAAUUGAUGACAGACUGGUGUGUGUGUCUUUCAUGCUCAGUUAGAGAGAGAGGAAUCGUACCGUUUCUGAUUCUUUUGUUUUCGAUCCUUUGACUUACAGUUUGGAAGAUAACUUGAUUUGAUACAGUUCUACCACGAGAAAUGAAUCAAUCUAGGGAAAAAGAGUUGAACAUCCUUGAUUAAUUGUUUUAUUCUGUUCCAUACAAUGUAAGUCUAGCAUUCUCAUGUACUUUGUUUCAUCAGAAGCAGCUCACAGAGCUGUAAUUCUAUGUCAUAAUCUAUAUCCACAACUAUUGCUUAUACUGGUUGGAUAAAUAGUUUAUGGAUUAUAAUAACGUUUUAUC